AUUGUGACAGUUAAUUUAUUACAUUUAUCGACCACACUUUAAAUAAUCUUAACUAAUAACAUCUUGCCUAUUGGUUAUUCUACAUUAAUUACAUUGGAUAUUCGCUUUUUCUUUUUAAUUUGUUUUCUUUCAUCUUCUUCCACAACAACAACUUACACUAUUCAAUUCUCAUCUCUUAUUCAUCAUUUACCUUUACCAACAUUUGUUUAUACUAUUAUAUUUUUUUUUGUUUUCGUUUUUCGUUUAUCAUUGAUUGUUUUUUUUCUAAUUGUGUUUUUAUUGUAAAUGAACCGAGAAUAUGAGCGACGUCUUCUACGGACUUUAAACAGUAAAAAUACUAUUGAAGUUCCGUCUAGUGAUGGACAGAAUCCGACUUCACCGAGGUCGCCUUUGGCCAAUGAAAGAUAUAUUAGUGAUAGAUAUACACCUAUCAGAGAAUCACCCAACUGGAACAUAAGGUUUACAAUGAUACAGCAACAAGAAGGUGUAAAGACUCCACAACCAAGGAAGGCUAAAGAAGCUUCAACCGAUAACUGCAAAGACACAAUAGCCUAUCAAUGCUUGCUUAAAAAUGAACUUCUUGGAGCUGGAAUCGAAGAUAUCAAAGAGCAAGUGGAAGAGAGACGAGUUUUCGCACCAUUGACUACAAGAAAUUUAUUUACGUAUCGUGUCCGAGACAGCCAUAGUUUGGUCGAACCUUCAUCUCCUUAUUCACUUUCUCCAGUUAGUAGUAAAAGUCAGAAACUUCUUCGAUCUCCAAGGAAAACAGCUCGAAAAAUAUCCAAAAUACCAUAUAAAGUUCUAGACGCUCCCGAGCUUCAUGACGAUUUCUAUCUCAAUCUAGUUGACUGGUCUUCAACAAACAUUUUAAGUGUUGGGCUUGGUACCUGUGUUUAUCUAUGGAGUGCAUGUACAUCACAAGUAACUCGUCUUUGUGAUUUAUCUUCCGACAACGAUUCAGUUACAUCAGUCUCAUGGGCUGAAAGAGGACACUCGGUUGCGGUUGGGACUCAUAAGGGUUUGGUCCAAAUUUGGGAUGUUGUAGCCAACAAACGAAUCAAUGUUCUCGAAGGUCACACCGCCAGAGUAGGUGCUUUAGCCUGGAAUGGUGAUGUGUUAUCGUCGGGAAGUCGCGAUAGAAAUAUAUUACAACGAGAUGUACGAGAUCCUCAAAUUGUACCUAACCGAAGGCUGCAAGGUCAUCGGCAAGAGGUUUGUGGUCUUAAAUGGUCACCAGAUAAUCAACAUUUAGCCUCCGGAGGGAAUGAUAAUAAACUUUUCGUCUGGAAUCUAAGCCAUUUGACUCCGGUCCAAACUUACACUGAGCAUGUAGCUGCUGUUAAAGCAAUCGCUUGGUCACCUCAUCAUCAUGGACUAUUAGCAAGUGGAGGUGGAACAGCUGAUCGACACAUUAGAUUCUGGAAUACUCUUACGGGUCAACCCAUGCAGUAUGUUGAUACAGGGUCUCAAGUUUGCAAUUUAGCUUGGUCAAAACAUUCAUCUGAAUUAGUUAGCACUCAUGGUUACUCACAGAAUCAAAUUCUUGUCUGGAAAUAUCCUACAUUAAUGCAAGUUGCCAAACUAUCCGGACAUUCCUAUCGAGUACUUUAUCUAGCAAUGUCUCCCGACGGUGAAUCAAUUGUGACAGGAGCGGGUGAUGAGACACUCAGAUUUUGGAAUGUAUUUAACAAGACGAGAUCACAUAAAGAACCAAAAUCUCUGCUCAACCUGUUUUCAAGUAUUCGUUGAAAAUUUCUACUUCCAAUUUCCUUCCACCCAAUUUUCACCUUUCGAGAAAAAGAACAAAAAAACGGAAAAAUCUAAACAAAACGCUUUCUAUUACGUAACAAAAAUCCUUAUAUAAUUAAACGUAAAUCACAAAAUUAAAA